AUGCAUUCUUGCAUUAAUGGAGACGAAGUCAUCACGGACACUGCCACUGCCACUGCCACUGCCACCACCGUAUACUAUGAACAGCUGCAACGGUGGGACCAGGAGGAAUGGUUCCGUUUCAACUUGAUGGCUGGCCGUUUCGACCAUUACGUCCCCCAAGGGAAACCUGCGGACCUGUUCCACGAUGUCGGCUCGGUCAAGAUCUUUUGCAUUGGCGUCAAAUGGCUCCGGCGAUUUGGGAAUGGGGGCAUGUAUGGAUUGCCUUCUUGGCGUUUUGCUCCCCUUCUCUUGCAGGAUGUGCGCUGGGUUAAUGAUAUGGACACGGGCAAUGGGACACGAUAUGGCUGUUGGCACAAAAAGAGACCGCCACAAUUAACACUAGUGGUUAAUGGGUAUGACUCGAAAUCAUAUGGCUUCGGCCGCAGAGGUUCGAAUCCUCUCGUUGAAAUCCUCAUCCACCCCGCACCUGCACAUUAUUUCUCUCACUGGGUCUUUGCCGCCCUUGGUCGGUCCCUUAUGCAUGCAUGGAUGCUGGUAUCUGAAGUCAUGGUUCCCGAUUCCGUUCCGUUCAAGAUGAUGCCCGUGCAAAAACAAAACUUCCCUGCCCGGUAG